UAAAAGAAGUCUACGAACAGCUGACAAGGACAUCAGCUGAUUUUGAUUGACACCUGUCCCCUCCGCGUCUUGCUCUGUGCGUUUUUUUUUACGGCCUGUUCCAUACCUUGAAACAACAAAGAUCCUCUUGUACAUGACGUGCGAAGACAUAGUGCGCAAUUUUUAUCUGUCUGGGGUCUGAAAAUUUAUACACAAUACGUACAGUUUGCAUAUACUGUACAUUACCAAAACGGAAACAUACGACACGAAAGGAAUAUUUUUUUUUUUUCAUUUAUCAAAUGUGAAAUUAUUCCUUGACGGAUUAAAAUGUUCUCUUUUUGGAAGAAAAAAAAUGUGUGAUACCAAUGAAGUGUGUGUAAUUUUUUUCUAACUGGAUAUCAAGGGAAAAAUUAGAUAAAGGGAAUUAGUGAAAUAAAUCAAAAUGUUUCCAAUGAGGGAUUUAAGCCCAACGGUAAGCAUGGAGCCGAGCCCCGGGGUACGGAGUUCCUUGCCCCUACAUGUAUCACCUAGUUCAGGCAGCUUUUCCAGCUUUACAUCUUUAUGGGAUGGAUUACGCAAUCUUCGAAAUAGUGUUGUUUCCGAAGAAAAGAGAGAAACGUCAUGGAUAGAGAAAACAUUUUACAAGCGGGAAUGCACAUAUUUUAUUCCGGAUACAGAUGACCCCGACAGGUGUUGCUGUGGACGACCGGCCCAUUGGCAUGGCGACGACAUCGAUGAAGUAGCGUCCUCUAACGAGAGUUGGUUGCCAGGGUUACACACCGCGCAUGCCCCGACUGAUGCUUUUGGAACCAUUGAGUUCCAGGGCACCAAUCACCCCACGAAGGCCCAGUACGUUAGAAUGUCCACAAUUGACACAAAAUCGGAGGCGGUUUUAAAACUUCUUCAAAAGCAGUGGGGACUGGACCUACCAAAUCUCAUCAUAACUAUGCAUGGGGGCAUGGCGAAUUUCGAUCUGUCACCAAAAAUGAAACGCUCAUUCCGAAAAGGCCUGGUCAAGUUUGCCAAGACAACAGGGGCCUGGGUCUUUACUAGCGGGGUCAAAACGGGUGUGACCAGGCAUGUCAGUGCCGCCUUUGGAGAGGGCCGAUCCAAACAGUUCAAACGGAAGCUGGUCACUAUUGGCGUGGUGCCGUGGGGCGUGUUGGCAAACAAGGAACAACUCGUCGGCAGAAAUAUCACGUGUUCACAUCACCACGGAAAGACAGCUUACGUCCAGUCGACUCUCGACAGUCACCACGCUUACUUCCUGUUGGCUGAUAACGGGACGGAAGGAGAAUACGGGGCGGAAGUUAUAUUCCGUAGAAGAAUCGAGCGCCAUCUAUAUCAGCAAAAAGUUUCAAAAGGAAUCAAUAUUCCUAUGGUUUGUGUGGUGCUAGAGGGCGGAAUGAACACAAUCAGGGCGGUGUUAGAAUACGUUACCGACAAACCACCAGUUCCUGUCAUCGUCUGCGCAGGAAGUGGGCGUGCCGCAGACCUCAUCUCAUUUGCAUACCAAAACGCAACAAAAGACGGAAAACUUCCAGACAGAUUGAAGGUUAUUCUAGUGGAUGCUAUACAAGACACGUUCACGUGUACCGAGGAGCAAGCAAAGGAGCUAUGUCUGGAAAUCACCGUGUGUCUACAGAGGAAAAAUCUGAUAACAGUUGUAAACCUCGCAGACGAAAAUCAAGAAUUGGAUAUGUUGAUUCUGACAUCAAUAUUAAAAGGGACAUGCAGUAGUAUAUCCGAGCAGUUGCGCCUCGCUUUGAUGUGGGACAGAGUUGACCUCGCGCAGGAUUACAUCUUGGAUAGAGAAAAUGGUCAAAUAAACGAGCCCCUGGAGUCGGUUAUGAUGGAGGCCCUCAUCAACGACAAAGUGGACUUCGUGAAGCUGUUACUGGAGACCGGCGUCAGCCUGCACUCGUUUCUAACGGUCAAUAGACUGGAGGAACUCUACAACAUCAACCCACAGUGCCAGUUUAACCCUGUCCGAUAUUUUAUCAAAGGAUUACGAAAGAACCUUUUUCCAAACUAUCGGUACACUUUACUGGACAUUGGACUUAUAAUUGACAGCUUGAUGGGCGGGGCCUUCAAAUCCAUGUAUUCUCAGAAAGAAUUCCGUCAGAAAUACGUUGCGAUGCGAAGAAUUAGUUCUAGCAGUAGUAGCACAACCACUAGCAGAAAGUCGAUGAUGAAGCAGACGUCUUAUUUGAGUGACAUGGCCAGCUCUAAUUUAUUCCAGUACCCUUUCCAUGACCUCAUGCUGUGGGCGGUGCUUAUGAACCGUCAACAGAUGGCGCUGUUUAUGUGGCAACAAGGCGAAGGGGCAAUGGCUAAGGCCCUGGUUGCUUCCAAUCUGUACAAAAGAAUGGCCCAGGAAGCAGACGCCGACGUGUUAGAAAGCGGCAUCUCGGGACAUUUAAUGGAAAACGCACAAGAGUUUAUGAAGCUGGCCCUUGAAUUUCUGGGUCACUGCUACCAUAUCGAUGUCGACUAUACCCAGCAACUCCUCACUGAUGACCUGAUAAACUUUUCGAACGCGACCUGCAUCACUUUGGCAGUUGACGUCAUGCAUUAUGACUUCGUCGCUCAUAACUGCUGCCAGAACCUCAUCAAUGAUAUUUGGAUGGGAGGUCUGCAGACAAGGAAAAACAGCAGUAUUAAAGUGAUUGCAGGCAUCUUGUUCCCUCCGUUUUUGGCAAUGUUGGAUUAUAAGUCGAAAAAACAGCUCAAGUUCAUGCCUCAGACAGCGGAAGAGCACCUGGAAGACACUGUGGAAGAUGAAGACAGCGAUGAAAAUGAGGAGAACGAUAGCUAUGAUCUGGAUGAUGACAGCAUACAGCAGGCUUCACCAGUGAAAACUCUGGCAACAUCCAGCUCUAUGCCCAAACUGAGCGAUGCACUGAAAGCUGGACAGAAACCGCCCAUGAUCCGAUCAAUGAGCAUGCACAUUGACAACCAGAGAAGGCUCAGUCGCCAGGAACUAAAGUCACUACAGAAGAUCGCCAACGAGAAACAACGGGGUUGUAACGUUUCGGUCCACCUUAAAAAGCCUCUCAAACUCACCAAAAUGACUCACAAAUUCUACACCGCUCCCAUUACUAAAUUCUGGUUUUACUUGAUAACGUAUAUCGCUUUCUUGGUGGCGUUUAGCUAUACCGUUCUCGUUAGAACGUUGCCGACACCUGCAUGGCCCGAGAUCUUUGUGAUGGCCUACCUUGUCUCUUUUGCGGCCGAGAAAUGUUGGGAGUUGGCAGUAUUAGUCCCCGGUCCACUGAAGAUAAAACUGCGAGUGUUCGCCAGUUUUUACUGGAACCUGUGGGACGCGGUAGCCAUCGUUUGGUUUACCAUCGGGGUCAUCUUAAGGUUCAACCCCUCCACCCUGAACGCUUCACGGAUUGUGUAUACGUUGAACAUUGUGUUCUUCUACAUAAGGAUCCUGGGAAUUUUGUCCGUUAAUAAAGCUCUUGGAGCUUAUUCCAAGAUCAUCGGGAAAUUGCUGAAGCACAUGUCAUACUUCUCCAUCAUCAUGUUCAUUGUGACGGCCUGCUUUGGAGUUAUCCGCCAGGCGGUCCACUUCCAGAACGAGGAGUGGUCCUGGUUCAUGCUGCGCUCCGUUUUCUUCUACCCCUACUGGAUGAUAUACGGAGAAAUUUUCAAGGAGGAGAUUGACACCUGUACUGAUACUGAUAACUACCCCGGCGGCUGUACAUACGGGUCCUGGGUAUCUCCCCUGGCGAUGUUUGUCUUCCUUCUCGUUAUCUUCAUCCUCCUGGUUAACCUACUCAUCGCUAGAUUCAACGCAACGUGUAUAAGGGUUAUUCCGAGAGUGAGGGAGAUCUGGAAAUACCAGCGGUACAACGUGAUUCUGAAGUACAAACUGUCGUCAUUGCUGCCCCCGCCACUAGCUGUGUUCAGUUUGAUCUACCAGGGCAUCAAAUACCUCAUCUGGAAAUGUCGCGGCAGGGAGGACUUUUGUGAUCAUGGACUGAAAAUCUAUUUGACAGAUGAAGAAAAGGACAAACUUCACGAGUUUGAGUUACAGUGCCUUGAGGACUAUGUGAGACACAAAGAAAACAAGCUACAAACGUCUGCAAACAAACGCAUCUCAGCCAUCUCCGAAAGAGUGACGGAGAUAUCAGCUCAAAUGGAUGAUGUAACUGUACAGGAGAAAUCAUUCAGACACACCUUGCAGUUAGCGGACCAAGGUGUUAGCAAACUGGAAGAAAUAUUUCUCAAAAAUCACGAAAUCGUGAAACUGAUGGGGCACAUGGUUCCGGGUUUUGACGAGUUUGCGCAGAGCCCUUCUCGGCAAUAGCAACCGAUUUGUGCACCAUAGCAAUUGUGAUGAUAUUGAUUGCUUUGAACUUAUCAAGACUUUUAUAAAUUCAUUGUCUUGUGAAUCUUUCUGUGUACCGUUUGUGAUAUACAUAUGUUGAAUAUAUUGGUAGAGGUUAAAAAAGCAAUCUUUUCGCAAGGUUUAUUUUAUAAUUUACACUACAGAAAACUUAACGUUAUUGUAAAUCUUUCGACUUUGUUUUCGUUUCCUCCUACAAAGAUGAAUUUAUUUUUUGUUUAAUUUCAAUAUUGAAAAAAAUAAAUAUAUAUUUACAUUCUUAGACAUUUAAUUGUUCAUUUUAGAACUGUUCCUUAGUUUUACUACAUGAAAGCCAACAAUCUGUUAUGAGCUAAAAUAUGAACAUUGCGAUAUUGGAAAAAAAAGUAACACCAUCUUAUCAAUAAAUGUACAUCUAUCCUCUUAUA